ACGCCGCCUGAAGGCCUGGAGAUUGCCACGGUGGCGGGAGGCUGCUUCUGGGGGCUGGAGCUCGCCUACCAGCGCGUGCCAGGGGUGGUGAAGACCAGCGUCGGGUACACAGCGGGCCAGGUGCCCAACCCAACCUACGAGGAGGUGUGCAGCGGGCGCACAGGGCACACCGAGGCGGUGCAGAUGUACUACGACCCCGCCACCUGCACCUUUGAGCGCAUCCUGGAGGAGUUCUUCGAGAAGGUGGAUCCGACCACGCUGAACAGGCAGGGCAACGACGUGGGCACGCAGUACCGCUCAGUCAUCUUCUACCACAACGAGCAGCAGAAGGAGGCGGCGGAGAAGCUUGCGUCGGGGCUGUUCCGCCUCCCCGGCAAGAAGGUGCAGACCACCAUCGAACCAGCCACCGACUACUACCUAGCAGAGGACUACCACCAGCAGUACCUCAGCCGCGGCGGCCGCUUCAACCGGCCGCAGAGCGCUGAGAAGGGAUGCAACGACAAGAUUCGUUGCUGUGAGUGGGGCUGGGCUUGGUGCAGGGCAGGGGGCCUGCAAGGCUGUGCCAGUGCUUUUGUGCGUUCCUGCGUCGUUUCGUCAUGCUGA